AGUACACACGCCUGUGGUCCAUGCUAUAUCAUGUAACACGCAAGUGCCUGCUUGCAUGUUGCAAACUGGUGCCCGUCUCUGUUUGUGAGAGGUCCAGAAAGAGGUGUGUGUGGUCCCUGUCCCGCACGAUCGGAGAGACAUCCCGCGAGCCUCAGUCAAGACUCAGACCCUGCCGUACCAGUCCAAACCGGUCCAUACCAAACCACUCCCGACCAGGCCCUGGCUGGUCCUCUCUUAGUCUUCCCUACCAUACCUAACCAUAACCUUGCCCGACCAUACCUUACCCUGCCAUACCCUCCUUUAGUCUCUUACACUCCCUUUACCCCGAUCACCCUCCUCGUCUUCUUCCUUACCACCACCACCUUCGAUUCUCUCCGUGACACCCUUCUCACGCCUUUUUCGACUUUUCAUCUUCUUCGUCUCCCAACUAGCUUGGUGAUUGCUUCUUUUCUAUUCUCAGCGUCUUGUUUAUUCGCUUGCUUCGAUACCGAGGACGACUACUUCGACGACAUCGACGACUUGCAUCUUCGACGACACAGUCUCACCCUUUAGACUGUCUCUGCGCGCAGUGUUCUCUGCUUACACGUGUAUUCGUCCACGGAAGAACUCACUUUCUCACGGCUCUCACGCCGUUUAUGCUUCAGAAGGAACCGGUUCCUGAUGAGCUUUUGCGAAUCGACCUAGAUGGCCGGCUAGGCUUCUCCUAGUAUCAGUCUAUUUUCUUCAAACCCGACUCGGGGUCCUUGUUCGAUUCUCGAAACCAUUCAGGUUUUUGCGACUGGAAUCGCAACAUAUUGCAGCAAUGUCGAGUCCAAAUCGGAACGCGAACCUCCCGGAUGGGGCUUUCAUCACGACUUUCAAUGGCAAGAGGUGUACGGCGAGGCCGAGGAAUGGGAACAAGUCAAAGUCGAACAACCAGCAACGUGCCUCGACGAGUACGUCUCACUCGACAUCGACAACACGCUCGACGACGCGAUCGACACCCCCUCCGCAAGUGAGCUCAUCACCGCCUCCGCCUCCAGCAGUAGCAACGCUUGCUCCUGCUCCUCCGCCGCCGCCUCCUCCACCACCGCAAACAACACCACCGCCGCCGCCACCACCACCACCACCAGCUGUUUUGACCACUAGUUCAGCGAUCCCAACACCAACUCCUUCUCAAGCGCCCCCCGCGUUUUUCAGCAAUAUCAGCCCAUCACCCUCACCCACGAGCAGCGCAGGAGCAGGCGCUGGGGCUAUUGCGCCUUCGCCACCCCUGAACCCGGGUACUGCCGCAGGCGAGGCAGGAACAGGGAACGAUGCGCCUACGACCAGUCAAGCUCCUGCUUCGAGCAGCAGAUCUGGGGGCGUGGCUACCCCUGUUGUGAUUGCUUCGAGUGUUGUUGGCGCUGUGGCGGUAAUUGGCUUGCUUGGGUUCCUGCUUUGGUUCUGGCGGAAGAGGUUGCUGAAGAAGCGUCGGAGCACGCUUCUUACUCCGUUGUCCACGGACCCCAGCUUCAGGGAAAAGUCGUCAUACGUCAUUGACAGAGGAUCUUUGGGCCCAACACCGCGCUCAGCCAAGCUCAAGGCCGCGCUUGGCUAUAACUUCCAGAGAUUCCGCGGCCAGUUCGGUGGAUUGGUCUCACGCAACCGGGACAGCGGCUCGACAAAUGACCGCGCUCAGUUUAUGAAUAUCUCCCAGCACAGCCGAAACAGCUCGUCUCUAUCAAACCAUGGUGGACCGCGAGACGUCGUUACAACAAAGGAUCGGGUCAAGGACUGGUGGGAACGGUUGACGGCGGAUAUGAAAUUCAAUUGGCGACUCCGCGGCGACAGGAAUGUCGAAAAGGAUCCGUUCGCCUCGGCUCGUAACAUGAGCGAUCGGAAAGCGGCCACGCCAGGACAACCCGACUUCUUGACGCUUUUGGGUAUGGACGACAGGGAGGUUGAACGGGAAGCGCAGAGGAGGCGAGUGAGCCGGAACCAAGGUAGCGCCGGCUCCGCCGAUCACUUCCUCGGUGGCCUGGGACUGAACUUCGACAAUGCUUCCGCCGACCCCUUUUCAGAUAUCAACGCGUUACCCCAUAACUCGGCCAAGCCGGCACCACUCGCCGUGGCCAACCCGGGCAAUGGCAAUGACAACAAUCCCUUCUCUGAUGCCAAUGCCAUAUCGGCACCUGCGGCCGCAAGAAAACCGUCAUCAACGUAUGUCGCUGAUGUACGCCGGUCAAGAGGAACCUCUGUUGGCGGCACCACCACCAGGCCGCCAAGCGGCUCAACCUACUCUCCGCGCCUGGACUCCAUGUACCGAGACUCGAUGCAGAGCGUGGAGAGCUUCGCAACGAGGCGGAACAAGUUCCGAUCUGAUCCGUUUGAUCUGGAAAGACCUGAGCUACUGGGCAGCAGUCUCGGUAGCAGUAGCGGCGGCCGGUUGACGCAGGCCAGCAGCAACUACAGUCAGGCCGGCGGGGGCGCACCCCGGGUACCCGGCAAUGCUCACACGCGCGCGGACAGCUUCAGCUCAAAGUACAGCAGUGGUGUGAGCAUGGACGGCUGGAGUGAUCCAGGGCCAGAUGUCGGGCCUUCAAGCGGACCUGGCUAUCGCAACGAGGGCGCCGAGAGCCCGGUUGCAGGGUACCGUGCCGGAGAGCAGAAGAAGAAUGUCGUGAGGAGGCCCAGUGGAGGAAGCCAGAACAGCGUUGGCAAGGCGUUGUAAGGGGAGAGAGAUUUCUUUAUCAUGUAUUACCAAACACAUCUUUCACUACUUGUACAAACGUUGGAGAUGAAGAGGGUUGAGAGGGAUGGGUCAAGGUCAACCACUAGGGGAAGGAAACGAUUUCACGCGAUAUGGGUGGGGGCAUUUGAGCAACAGCCACGGCUGGGUGAUAUGGUUGAUAUGGUUAUGAGAGAGAUUGAGAUGAGAGGGUACGAUGAAGGAUACCGACCAAAAAAUGAAGGGACCCUUUUUAUUCCAUUUGGGGACCGACUUUGGUGUGUUUGGUGUUUUUGAGGAGACAUAUCACAAUACCCGUGUUCAUGUCUUCUGAGCUUACUUUUUUUUUUUGUUCCUGUUCUCUUCCAUUCUCACGAAGCAAAAGUCAAAACUUCUUGACCAUGAGACACCCCAUACUCAUUCCCGGCUUCACUGCCCAGCUUCUUAUAAGCGGGUUGCGACGGCCGGGGCAGGAGCAGCACAAAGCCUGUUCUACUGUAAUGGUUUUGUUAGAUGAAUACCACAAAGCGAAAACUUAUCCCGU